CUUCGAGUUCCUGCCAAUUACCACUCGUCUUUCUAGGCCGGACAACAGUCUUCCAUUUUACUUUCUGUUGUUCUUGGCCUUCUUUGAAACUCUCUUCUUUUUCUUCUCCAAUUCUCUUUUCCAAUCUGAUUCAACAUCUUUAGCAUGUUGGUGCCGUCUCAUUGAGUGCCAAGAACACAUUAGGAGAAGAAAAAUCUGAGAUCCGGAAGAGUUUUUCGCCAAGAAGGUAACGGAUUACUCAGGAGGAGAGAGGACGAGGACAUGGGUUGGUCACCAACAUCUGCUACUAAUGCGUACUUCGAGGCCCUCAAGCUGUGCAAGGCAGAUCACAGAACAUGUGAAAACUGUGAACCACAUACUUGUGAGCUCUUAUCAGCCUUGGCAGCAGGCAUGAGCGCAAAGCUGAUCGUGGAGGUCACCUCCAACGUCUCCCUCUCCACCAUUGCCUUGGCUGCGGCCGCACGCCAGACCGGCGGCCGGCUCGUCUGCAUCCUGCCGGAGCCAAUGACACUCAAUGGCAGAUCUACGAGAAUGAUCAGAGAGUCGGGACUCAAAGACAUGGUGGAAUUCAAGGUGGGAGAUCCGUUUGAGCUGGUGCCCAAGUAUGAAAACAUAGACUUCUCGCUUGUAGAUUGCGGAAGCGACGAUAACAUAGGGCUGUUCAAACUGCUUGAUGUCAAUCCUAGAAGAUCAGUUGUGGUAGCAGAUAACUUGGGGAGGGGGAGGAGAGGGAUGGGGAAGUAUGUGAUGAAAGGGGUGAUGAAGGGGAAGGUGGUGAGGACGGUGACACACCCAAUUGGCAGGGAAAUGGAGGUAACGAAGAUUGGAAGGAAGGAUGAGUUCGAGACAUGCAGAGAGAGACGAGGGCCUGGUGCACCCACUUGGAAGCUGGGUGGUCGAAAGAGCAAAUGGGUUGUGAGGGUUGAUGAAGAGAGUGGCGAGGAGCACAUCUUUAGGGUGCCCAAUUGGCAGAGAAAUGGAGGUAACAAGGAUUGGAAGGAAGGAUAUAUGUAUUAAGUUGGUACAUGCAGAUGUAGAGGAAGAAUGCAGCCGACCCCCACUUGGAAGAGUGGUGGAAAGAGCGAAUAGGAGGUUGAUGAAGACAGUGGCAAGGAGCAUAUCUUUAGGGUGCCCAUAUCUCUCUCCCUCAGUUUAUAUUCUUAUUGCUGUUAGAACCAUUUCUUUCUUGGAAGACAUUAUUGUAAGAAACAAUUUUCCGGCAUAAUAAAGCAAGAAACAAAAAAAAAAAAAAAUUCCCUUCGUGAGGAAUUUUGGUGGCA